CAGAGGCUGCAGUCCGUCUUCCCUUCAAAAACUUGGAAUGAUUUCAAAUCAUAGGCACCUUCACUUAACCCUAGCUUCCAUUCAUCAGCAAACACAGCGGAUCGAUGCUACGCUAACCUAUCGGGUUUUCGCUCGGCGCGUCCAGGUUAAAUGAAUACCUGACGAAAGGGCCCACGUUUCAAGGCAGUGACAUUUGAUAGCUGAGAGGAAAAGUGGCUUUAAUGAAAAGCAACCUUUGGAAUUCCUGCUUGUGAGAAAUCCAAUUCAGCUUUUUGUGCUGCCAGCAAGAAAUGAUCAGUAGCACCAGUGUUUAUGGCUUGAAGAUGCAGUGGACGCCGGAGCAUGCCCAGUGGCCAGAACAGCACUUUGACAUCACCUCAACAACCCGGUCUCCUGCCCAUAAAGUUGAAGCCUACAGAGGUCAUUUGCAGCGCACCUAUCAGUACGCCUGGGCAAAUGAUGACAUAUCUGCUCUGACUGCAUCCAACCUCCUAAAAAAAUAUGCAGAGAAGUAUUCUGGCAUUCUGGAAGGCCCUGUGGACCGACCUGUACUCAGCAAUUACUCAGAUGCACCAUCAGGACUUGUAAAUGGUCGGAAAAAUGACAGCGAACCCUGGCAGCCUUCCUUGAAUUCAGAGGCUGUGUAUCCCAUGAACUGUGUUCCAGAUGUUAUCACUGCCAGCAAAGCUGGAGUCAGUUCAGCCCUCCCUCCAGCAGAUGUCUCUGCUAGUAUAGGGAGCUCUCCUGGGGUGGCCAGCAACCUGACAGAACCUAGUUACUCCAGUAGCACCUGUGGAAGCCACUCGGUACCUAGUCUUCAUGCAGGACUCCCAUCUCAGGAAUACGCUCCUGGAUACAACGGAUCAUAUUUGCAUUCGACCUACAGUAGCCAGCCAGCACCUGCACUUCCUUCACCUCAUCCAUCACCUUUGCAUAGCUCCGGGCUCCUGCAGCCUCCGCCACCUCCUCCUCCACCGCCAGCCCUGGUCCCAGGCUACAAUGGGACAUCUAACCUCUCCAGUUACAGCUAUCCCUCUGCGAGCUAUCCUGCUCAGACUGCUGUGGGAUCCGGGUACAGCCCUGGGGGUGCACCCCCUCCUCCUUCAGCAUACCUGCCUUCAGGAAUUCCUGCUCCUACGCCCCUACCCCCUACCACUGUCCCUGGAUAUACCUACCAGGGUCAUGGUUUGACACCAAUUGCACCCCCAGCUCUGACAAACAGCUCGGCAAGUUCUCUCAAAAGGAAAGCUUUCUACAUGGCAGGGCAAGGAGAUAUGGACUCCAGUUACGGAAAUUACAGCUACGGCCAACAGAGAUCUACACAGAGUCCUAUGUACAGAAUGCCCGACAACAGCAUUUCAAACUCAAAUCGGGGGAAUGGCUUUGACAGAAGUGCUGAAACAUCAUCCUUAGCAUUUAAGCCAACGAAGCAGCUAAUGUCCUCUGAACAGCAAAGGAAAUUCAGCAGCCAGUCUAGUAGGGCUCUGACCCCUCCUUCCUACAGUACUGCUAAAAAUUCAUUGGGCUCGAGAUCCAGUGAAUCCUUUGGGAAGUACACAUCGCCAGUAAUGAGUGAGCAUGGGGACGAGCACCGGCAGCUCCUCUCUCACCCAAUGCAAGGCCCUGGACUCCGUGCAGCUACCUCAUCCAACCACUCUGUGGACGAGCAACUGAAGAAUACUGACACACACCUCAUUGACCUGGUAACCAAUGAGAUUAUCACCCAAGGACCACCGGUGGACUGGAAUGACAUUGCUGGCCUUGACCUGGUAAAGGCUGUCAUUAAAGAGGAGGUUUUAUGGCCAGUGCUGAGGUCAGAUGCAUUCAGUGGACUGACAGCCUUACCUCGGAGCAUCCUUUUAUUUGGACCUCGGGGAACAGGCAAAACAUUAUUGGGCAGAUGCAUAGCUAGUCAGUUGGGGGCCACCUUUUUCAAAAUCGCGGGCUCUGGACUAGUUGCCAAGUGGGUAGGGGAAGCAGAGAAAAUCAUCCAUGCCUCUUUCCUUGUGGCCAGGUGUCGCCAGCCCUCAGUCAUUUUUGUCAGUGACAUUGACAUGCUUCUCUCCUCUCAAGUGAAUGAGGAACACAGUCCAGUCAGUCGGGUGAGAACCGAAUUUCUGAUGCAGCUGGACACUGUACUAACUUCGGCUGAGGACCAAAUCGUAGUCAUUUGUGCCACCAGUAAACCUGAAGAAAUAGAUGAAUCUCUUCGGAGGUACUUCAUGAAACGACUUUUAAUCCCACUUCCUGACAGCACAGCGAGGCACCAGAUAAUAGUACAACUGCUCUCACAGCACAAUUACUGUCUCAAUGACAAGGAGUUUGCACUGCUCGUCCAGCGCACAGAAGGCUUUUCUGGACUAGACGUGGCUCAUUUGUGUCAGGAAGCAGCAGUGGGCCCCCUCCACACCAUGCCAGCCACAGACCUUUCAGCCAUUAUGCCCAGCCAGUUGAGGCCCGUUACGUAUCAAGACUUUGAAAAUGCUUUCUGCAAGAUUCAGCCUAGCAUAUCUCAAAAAGAGCUUGAUAUGUAUAUUGAAUGGAACAAAAUGUUUGGUUGCAGUCAGUGAUGACUUCUUUAAAAAUAAAUGUCAUGAAUGUUGGCACACACACAUAAAACCUGCUACAUAGGGUAUAGAGCCCCUUUCCAGUAGUGUUUAAAUUGCAAAGGGUACUGGGGAAAGAUGACAAAUAAGUUGCAUAUUUAGAGUCAGGGUAGAUUUGGAGGAAAAAUUGCAUCAAGUGAGAGAUUCAGAUUUGAAUGCCCCAGAUGACAGAAAGCAUCUGUUGAUGCUCAGUUCAGUUCAAGCUAGACAACACUCACCAAGGAGCAAGGUGCAAGUGUGUUGAUUUCAGAAGGACAUGAACCUCGUGUGUUGAUUCCAUUCUGCUGUUCUCGAGAUUUAGUUGCUGUCAAGUGCCUGGAGUGGUGCUUUAUUUUUUGUUUGCCUCACAAUUACAUUGGUGGCAUGUGCUAAUAUAAAGAGCUUUAACUUCAAACAUUAUUGGACUAAAGAGAUGAACGGUUGUGUUACUACAGAAAACCAGAUUUUUGCCAUUUUAAGAGCAACAGUAUUCCUCAAUCCUGUCUGUUCUGCAGUAUUAAACUAAGAACAGGUAAAACAGGGUAACGGUAAUCUGGACCUUAAUUUCUGCAGUUCAUUUCUUUUAAUGUUCUUGUCUGCAAAAACUCAGGAAAGCGAUUGUGAUUUGUACAGUACCUCAAAGGAAUGUGUUGAAAGCACUAUGUACUGCUGAGAGUAAUGGGAUAGGCUCAAUGUUACUUUAUAUUAAAAAUGUAUGUUUACCUCAACAAUUGGAAAAUCGCAAGGAAAAUUUCUUUGAAUGUAUCCUGAAAAAUACUGAUGUGUGGUUCAACUGAAUAUGUACAAUUUAAAAUAGAAAUGGAAGAAUUUAAACAAAAAUGGUCUUUUACUAAUUUGCGGGAAUUAACCAGAGCAGAAUAAUUCUUUCUGUCAAUAACUGCAAAAGUUCCUCGUACAUUGCUCCUUGAUAUUAAGUGAAACUGUUCUUAAAAGGUACACUGGUUAAUGGAAAGCUACUUUAUUCAGUUUGUGUUAGUGUCUAGAACUGUCAGCCACAAGACCUGUUUCAGACCCUGAAAGUCACAGUACCUGAAAACUAGGACUGCCUUUUACCGCAUUAGGGGUGCUGGUGGUGGUGGUGGUGGUUUGCAAGUUCUCUCUUGAAACUGCUGGGAAUGGUGUCAUUCUAUUCACUAAUCUAGUAUAUAGGCUUGCUGUGCUGUUUGAUAGAAUGCAAAAGAUUGCAACCAAACAAACCAACAAACACACACACAUACACUGCGUGUAUAUAUAUGAUAUAUACAUAUAUAUCUAUACAUACACAUAUAUGUACAUCCACAAAGAAUGUCUUCAUCCCCUUCUUUUUGACUCCUUUCUUGUCAGUGCAAUUUUGCUUCUCAUUUUGAAAUCUUCUGGGCUGUAGUGCUCCCACAUUCAUUUCUACCUCAGUUUUAUUACCUUUCUCUUAAAAAAGCAAAAAAAAACAAAAAAGUUUGAAAAAAAUUGAAAGUGAACACACAACAUAUACACAGUAUAGCUUCCCAAAUAUGGUACUUUUUUCUUUCCUUCUGUCUCCGUAAAUGUAGUUUCUAGAAAUAUCCAUCUUCAUGCUUCCUUCCAACUCGGUUCCUCCACUACCAAAUAUUCUAUGUGGUAGGUAUGUUUCAUCAUUCCUCUCUUCUCUCGCUCCCCACCAUGUUGUUCUUUGUAUCCUUUAAUGCUUUGUGUGCAACUUUUCAUUGCUAGCUGGCUGACAUUCGGCAGAGCUUCUGAACAGACACAGUGUGGGCUGUAGCUUUCCAAAGCUUCUGCCUGUGCAUAAGCAGAACAGCCUGGCUUUUGAAUGUGAUUUUCUUGUUGUUGUUUUUUUCCUCUUUCCUUUUCUUUUUUCCCUUUUCUCUCUUUUUUUCUUUUUUCUUUUUUUAAAGUGGAAUGAGGAAUGCAGUAACAAGACUUGCAAAGCACUGGCAUUUUAUGUAAUCAAAAAGUGAUGUACUUUUUUUUUUAAAGAAUCUUUAAAUAAAUGCAAUGAGAAGCCCCAAGAAAUGUCUUGACGUUAUUGUUUUUUAUAACUUUAAAAAAAAUUUAUUGAUUUCACCCACAGUGUCAAAUUAUUUGAAAUGCUCAACAUAGGGAAAGCUGUGAAAAACUUCAUAUUUAUGACAUUUUACACUAUUUGAUUACUUUCUUAUUUUUUUUUUCAUUUUCCAUAUUGGUAUACACUAAGAGAAUGGGCCACAGUUUAAUUUAUUAUGACACUCUGUCAAUUGAAAUCGAGCUUAAAUAUUAAAUAUUCUAUAGUUAAGAGCAGUGCCUUUAUAAAGGAUACAAAAAAUAAUUUUUAAGGAUGUCCUCUGCGUUUUACCAUGAAAAAUGCUACAAUCAUGUUCUAGUCUUACCCUGCACAACCCUUGUUUUAAAGAAAUUCUAAUUUCCCCAUUAACUUAUAGAUUCAUAUUGAUCUCACUGACAAAUUUACUUUUGCACACUGCUGACCUAUUUUCUGUCUUUAGACAUUACAUUUUAUUUCUGCCAACAUGCUGUGUUCACUUGAAAGCGACUGGCAAGUUUUGACAAACCCAGUCUUAUUUAGACAACUUUGGAAAAUCCAAUAUUGACCCACAUUUUUGUGUGGCUCUUAAUAGUCAAUGCCAAAUAUAUGACUGCACUAUUGUGGUUUACCCUCAUUUAGGAAACGGAAGAUAAAUUAAAGUCAUGCAUACUGGCUUUUUAGCUUUAAAUGACUUAAAAAUUACUUUUGAGAUAUUAUUGGUCAGAACUCCAUGAAGUUAGGCAGAAGCCGAUGUUGUGUGUGAACUUCAUUUAGCCUUAUGACUCUUGCGAUUUGGUCUGCUAGGAAAUUGGGCCUGCUGCAGAAAUGAAGAUCUGUUAGGGGAGAUAGGCUGACCUUUGAGUAGAACGGUGCCCUCUUGUGAUUCUUUGAUUCUGCUCAGUAGCAUUAGGAGCUAUUCUAUGGCCUAGACUAAUAAUCAGCUCUUUUGUGACCCAUCCCUCUGAGCAGGGGGAUAGGAAACCACAUCGUCAGAAGUGAAUGUGUACAGUCAGUGAUAGUAGAACUCAGUAAUCCAGGUUUCAUACUGAUGGCAUCUUCUGACUGCUAAAUUUUUGCACGAGGCAACUAAUGAAGGUAAGGUAAUGAGCCCGUCCAAACCCUUCGCUGUCUAGCCAGAAGACUGAGCCUGUUCAUUUAACAGCCCCUAAUUCUCUUCUUCACAACUGCAAAUAACAUUUCCAAUGAGGACUAAAAAAAGAAGUGAAGGAAACUACUUCAGUAGAAGGAUCAAUAGAAAUUCAAGAGGCAGUUCAUAAUGACCUUAUGUGUGACACAAAUGGAAAUACUCUACUCUGCUGGCAUGCUUCUCACCAAAAUAUUUAGAACAUUAGUGACAAUAUGGAAAACUUUGCUGACUGAGCUGAUCAAUGGAAUGUGAAGGCAGUAUACUUUAAGGCUAUUUACUUUCACACAGAAUGUUUAUCUAUUAGUCAGUUUGUAUUCUACUCAAAUGCAGAUAGACGGGUAUAAUGUUUUCUUGUGCAUUUGAAACCUAUCAAGGAGAAAAUAAACCAUUCCACUAAAAUACAUAGGCCAAACACCAUCUGGGCAAGUGAUAAAAGCUAUCCAGAGGCUAUGCUAUGUAAAGUAGCAAGGUCAAUUUACAUGGGUUGCAUAGUACUUGGCUAUGCAGUUUUCAAAAGAAUACAUCCCCCCCAAAAAAAGUCCAAAUUAAUUCCUGCAAUAGGUUCUUGUAAAUUUAAAUAUAUUUGUGGGUUGGAAAAUAUGUUUUAGAGGCAUUUAGAAUUUCUUUUCCUGAAAAUGUGUCCAUCCAAAUAUAAGCAGAAAGAUACUUCUGUCAUCUCAUUCUCAAGUUUCUUAGCAAGCAUCAGGUUUCAUGAUCGUGGAAACAGUAUUUUUCAAAGUAAAAGGGACACAGUUUGUUGAACUAUUGAGACCACUAAAGUAAAGUUCUAAUAUAUAUAUAAAUAUAUAUAGUGUGUAUGUUUGUGUGUGCAUAUAUGUGUGCAAUUUUCACCACCACUUAAACUAACAUCUCCUUUUUAUUUGCCAGAAGCAACUGAUUACUUUUACUCAUGUUCAGAGAUAUAUGUGACUACUUUACAGUUCUAUGUUUCAGGGUUUUUUUUUCUUUUGAAACGUAAACUCAUCAUUUGUUGAACCACCUGCAGAUUUCCCUAUAAAGCACAUUAGCAAACUUAAGCUAUUACUAUUUCAGAAUUUAAAACCAGCUAUACUUGUGACUAACUAACACCAUGAACUGAAACUCACACUCUGCUAAGACCUCUGGUUGACAUUCGAUUUUGAACCUGCCAGAUGCAUUUGUGUGAACCAGGGAUACUGCAUCUUUAAUGAACAAGUCUCUCCACUUUCCCCUGUUUUUAAAUACAACACAAGCAGUGUAGCACUAGGCACUGCAAUUGUCAAAGACAAUUAGACUGAAAGCAGGAAAAUUUCACCUCCCUGUCUCAGUGAUAUGUAGAAUGUCGGCAGCAUGGGUCAGCCUUGCCAGAGAGUUGUGUAAGAAUAUAUGAAUCAGUUCUAUAGAAUGUUAAAUAUUUAUAAAAUCGUCUGUAGUACACCAAGGUUGGGAGCACAUUCAUUCUUUCUUGUUGUCUUCUGGUACAAAGACAAAACAAAACAAAACAAAAAAAAACAGGAGUUUAUUUCUAGGCCUAAAACUCUUUUUUUUUUUUAAUACCUCUCUCACAUUCUCUAAUUCUUCUGUCUCUGCUUCCUCUCAGCCACUUUUUCCUUCCUCCCGUGUGUGUCUGUGUGUGUGUGUGUGUGUGCGCGCGCGCGCUCGUGCACGCGUGCAUAUGUCACGUGCAUGUAUGUGUUUCUUUGUGGAUUAUAUACAGUUGCUAGAGAAUAUUCAUUUCUUUUUUCCUUUUUUCAUCUAACAUAUUCAAAUGUUGU